AUGGCCGCGCUCUCGCCCGUGUCCCGCGUCGUCCUCGUCGUGGGCCUCGUCGCCGCGCCGCUGUACCUCGCGGCGACGUCACUCUCAGCGCUCCUCGUGCUCGCUGUGCUCUACAUGCCGCCCGCCGCGCUCUUUGGCUGGAUGUACCUCUCGGCAAAAGCGCGGGCAACGUCCAAGGUCAACUGGGACAUGCUCUUCCGCGUCUUCUGCGGCGGUCUCUGCCCCGGCGUCCUGCUCGCCAUGGUCGUCGAGUCGGUCCUCACAGCAGCGCUCUUCUUCCUCUGCAUCGACUCGGCCGACGUCUUUGCGCAGUACGAGCGGUACGGCUCGGCGCACCCGAAUGCCACGUCGACCGAGAUCCUCUCGCACCUGCACAUUGGCCACACGCUGGGCUUCUUCGUCUUUGUCUUUUGCCUGGCGUUUGUUGUCGCGGGCCUGGUCGAAGAGUAUCUCAAAUAUUGGCUCGUGAAAGGCCGCUGCUGCAUUGCGUCGGGCUUUUGCACGCCUUUGACGUCGCCCCACAUUGUCGACCCGUUCUACACCGUCCUUUGCUUUGCCGCUGCUGGCUGCGGCUUUGCCACCUUCGAAAACAUGGGCUAUGCCUUCACGCAAGCGACGUUCGAGCCGCAGCUGCAGACCGCGCUUCUCCGCGGGCUCCUCGCCACGCCCUUGCACGUGCUCUGUACGAGCCUCACGGGCAUGCGGGUCGUCGCUGCCGAGCUGCGCAAGGCCCAAGCGCCGUUGGAGCCAGCAUCAACGUGCCAGGCGCUGGUCGCCACGAUCCGCUGCAUCUUGCCGGCGGUGGUGCUCCACGGCGUGUACGACUUUCAGAUGUUUGUAUGCACGGCCCUCUUGCCCGAGUCGACGUACGCAUCGAUGCUCAUGGGCGCGCUCUGCCUCGUCCUCGGGGCGUGGUAUGUCUAUCGCCUCUAUACCUUUAUCAACUGGGACUACCAAGUCCUCGACUACAGCGACGCUGCAGUGCACGCAAUGGAGACGGGCGCCGAGCUGCAGCCACCAACACCCGGCCACGUGCUGUAG